AACAGUAAACUGAAUAGAUAAAGGAUUAGAUUGGAAUGUUAUUAUCCAAGAUUUUUUCUUUCAAUUUAUAUCCUCCUCAAUACAAGUAUCGUAGAAAUAUUUUAAUCAACUGACAGUGCAGCAUCAGUGUAAUUAAAUAAGAGUUGAUAAAAUACAUAUGUCUUUCCUCGGUGCCCUCUGAGUGAUGUCCUCAAGAGUGUUGUUAUGUAGUCGCUCUGCUUAAAUUCAAUCAUAAUUCAAAGUUGAACCAAGGAAUUUAAUUUUAAGCAUGUUAGCUGUUCUCAGAUUCUCUAUUAAGCCGUCUAUUUUUCAUAGUGUCAGUGCUUCGCCUGUUUCAACCACUCCAAUCGUUCGAUUAUGCAAUCAAUGUGAGUUAUACUUCAGGAAUUCAGUCAACACUUUGCAGACACGCUAUUUUUCAGGUCUUUCAGUCAAGACUGUCAACUGCCAUUCCUCACUGCGCCACUUCUCUUCCAAUCCUUUGGAUGUGAAGAAAAGGAAAACGACACUGAACUAUGUCAUUGCUGGCACAAUAUUUUGCUGUGCUGCAUCUUUUGCAGCUGUGCCACUUUACAGGAUUUUUUGUGCGUCCACCAGCUAUGCAGGCACAGUGACUCACGGCGAUGCAAGUGAAAAAAUUGCAGAAAUGAAACCAGUUAAAUCUAAACCUAUUAAAAUAACAUUCAAUGCUGAUGUGUCAUCCAGUCUGCAGUGGAAUUUCAAACCCUUGCAACGAGAAAUUAUCGUGCGUCCCGGAGAAACUGCUCUGGCGUUUUACACUGCUACAAAUCCCUCCAAUAAUCCCAUAGUUGGUGUGAGCUCUUAUAAUGUUUUACCUUUUGAGGCUGGACAGUAUUUUGUGAAAAUUCAAUGCUUUUGUUUUGAAGAGCAACAGUUGAAUCCUCAUGAGGAGGUGGACAUGCCUGUUUUUUUCUACAUAGAUCCUGAGUUUACCGCUGAUCCAAAAAUGGAAUUCGUCAAUGAAAUAUUGCUCUCAUACACAUUCUUUGAAGCCAAAGAGGGAUCCAAGUUACUUGAAAAGAUACCAUCCUACGCUAGAAAACACAUCCUGCCAAAGGAACCCCAGUUAUCGGCUGCUUGAGGUGAUCAAUUAGAGCCAAAUAGGUAACCUACACAUUUCCAAUCCAGAAUCAAAACAGAAUUGAUAAUAUUGAAUGCAGGAAACUUAGUCCACAUCACUAAGAUCUGGGAGUGAGGUUCCUCUCACGAUGAGAUUGAAUUAAUUUUCCCAGUAUUUUUAGGUUACUGCAUUCUCAAUACUUAAUUUUUCUUGUAACCGCAGACACAUUUUUUACUAUCAUGUCCACCCUAUCAUGUAUGGAGAUUGCCAAGAUUGCAAAAGAGAUUGGGAAUCGUCAUGGAAAUUUGGUGAGAUGUUAAAGUGCAACUUCUAUACGUGUAUUUAAAAAUCAAUUGACAGUUGAAUUGAACUGAAGAAUUUUCAUGAGUUUUCCUCCCAGUUUUUUGUUUAGUUUGUAAAGAGUCACAGCUGCUCGCAGAAAGAAAAGUGGGAACUUUUUUUCUUUCUUUCUUUCGAACAGAUAAGAUAUAUUGUUGAGCCAAAUGAAAGAUUUGUGUCAUCAUUAGAAAUUUCUAACCAAGGUGGUAAAACAAUUUUUUUUAAGCUCUCAAGAAGUUUUUUAAUAUCAAUAAAAACAGGAGGAAAAAGGAUUCUCUAUCCUCGUUUUAGUCUACGUUAUCCUAUUUUCUUCUUUUAGUUCUUCUUUUUUGCUUCUCUGUUAAGAGUUGAAAGAACUACAAGACUUUCGGUAGUGUUGAAUAUUUUUAAGAUUUCGUCCUUUUUAUGGAACUUCAACAUAAACCGAUACUGAAAACAUAUUUUUGUCUUCUAUAAAAUUAGAAAAAUACUAAUUUUAAGCACAGUUAAUUUUUGUCAGAAGUUCAGUUUCAAUGGUUAAACAUAUAUUUAUUCCUCUAUCUGAAAAAACUCUAGUCUCUCGAGGGUAAUAUGAUUGAAGCGUAAGACUGGCCAGUGCUUCUGCGCCCACUUGUAUGGCGGUGAGUCAACUCAGAGUAUUGAGAAAUGUUGAAUCAUAUGAAAGAUUUACAAAAAAAAAUUGAAAGUGUUAGAGAGCGUUGUAUGCCUUAUUUUUCCUUCUCUCUAGAGUUGUAUUGACGCAGCAGUAUGCCACCUUUUUCUCCCUAAAUUCUCAAAACUUUCAUGAUGUAUCAUUGUUAUUGACAAAUUUCAAAAGUAACUGCAAUCAUUUUCCCUCUGCCGGUUUAAAAGAAGUGCAAAAACAUUCAUAAAAAGCAGCAGUGGGAAUGCUCAACUGUUUAAUGUCUACAGGAUUUGGUAUACAAGGAGAUAUUGUUCAAAGUUCUUUUGUAAAGUUUUUCAAUAAAAAAAAAAUUAAAUAAUGAUUUUAAUCCUAAAGACAUCUUCGUUAACAUCAGUGUUAAAAUAAUUGAUUCGGUUGUACAGGAAAAAAUUGAUUUGAAUAAAAACACUUUAUUUUUUAA